GCCUUCCCGUCGUACCGAGCGUAACCGGAAGCGGAAGUGAGUGCUGCGUUCAUCAUGGUGCCGCUGGGGUGGGGAAGGAGGAGCCGCCGUUCCCGGGAGCUCGAUGGGGUGUUACGGUCCUGCUCCAGGAUAGCACAGUGAGCUGCAUUGAGCCAUGGGGGAGAACAGUCCCGAAGGGGACGUUAUCUACUAUGAAGUGGACGAUGAGGAAUUAACCCAUGAGGACAAUAUGAUGAGGUUCGCUGAUCAAAACGGCUUGGUUACUUCAUCAUCCGGGACCGUGUAUGACAGGACGACUGUGCUUAUAGAGCAAGACAGCGUCUUGGAAGAUGAUGAGGAUGAAGGACAAUGUGGUGAUCAUUUGCCUUUUUUACCGGAGGGUCAUGAAGAAGGAUUUCAUUUAAUAGCAGAUCAUGAAGGAAUGUCCCAGGGUUACGUGCAACAUAUUAUUUCUCCGGAUCAGAUUCACUUAACAAUAAAUCCUGGUUCGACUCCUAUGCCGAGAAACAUUGAAGGCGCAACACUCACUUUGCAGUCUGAAUGCCCAGAAACCAAGCUUAAAGAAGUUAAAAGAUACCAGUGCACUUUUGAGGGCUGUCCACGAACUUAUAGCACUGCUGGAAACCUGCGCACUCACCAAAAGACACAUCGUGGGGAAUAUACUUUUGUCUGCAAUCAAGAAGGCUGUGGCAAAGCCUUUCUUACCUCUUACAGCCUCAAAAUCCACGUUCGAGUGCACACUAAGGAGAAGCCGUUUGAAUGUGAUGUGCAGGGCUGUGAAAAGGCAUUCAAUACACUGUACAGGUUGAAAGCACAUCAGAGACUUCACACAGGGAAAACAUUUAACUGUGAAUCAGAAGGCUGCAGUAAAUACUUCACAACACACAGUGAUCUGAGGAAGCACAUUCGAACACACACAGGAGAAAAGCCAUUUCGAUGUGAACAUGACGGCUGUGGAAAGGCUUUUGCUGCAAGCCACCACCUCAAAACACAUGUUAGGACACAUACGGGGGAGAAACCCUUCUUCUGUCCCAGUAACGGCUGCGAGAAGACUUUUAGUACACAGUAUAGUCUCAAGAGUCACAUGAAAGGCCAUGAGAAAGGACAUACCUACAAUGCACUUCCCAAUAACAACGUGUCUGAGGAUACAAGCCACUCACUUUGUCUGAGCGACUUAAGCCUCAUAUCAACAGAUUCAGAACUGCGGGAGAACUCUAAUCUAACACACGGACAAGAUCUUAGCACAAUCUCACCAGCAAGCAUCUUUGAGUCUAUGUUUCAGAGCACAGAUCACACCGCAAAUCAGGAAGACUCUAAGCAGACAGCUGCCUUGAUUGAAGCUUUUAAUGGUCAUGCAGACUCAGUCACUGCUGUUCCGCCUUCUGCAGGAGAUUCAGCAUCCUUGUCACUUCCACUUGUACUGCAGCUUGGCAUCUCUGAGCCUUCACAUUCAGCACUACAAGCCUCGGCAGCACCUGCUGCUCCCUCCUCCAUAGGAACCAGCUCACAGCAAGCUGCAUUUGGAAACCCUGCAACUGUUUUACAAUCCCCAGAAGUGCCUGUUCCUCACAGCACACAGUUUGCAGCCAGUCACCAAGACUUCCUGCAGCACACUCAGACACCACCGCAGCCCAUUGUACAAGGACUUUCAGUGGUUGCUGGGGCAUCUGCCCCAACAGCAUCAAGUGCCACUGAACCCCUGCCAGCUGUAGUUCAGACUGUGCCUGUUGGUGCGAACUCUGUUCUGACGAGCAAUCCAACCAUAACAAUUACUCCUUCUCAGAGCACGGCUAUUCUACAGUCCAGCAUCGUCAUGGGAGAGCAAAACUUGCAAUGGAUAUUAAAUGGUGCCACUGGUUCUCCACAAAGCCAAGAACAAAUGCCACAAGUUCCAAAAGUAGUAGAAAAGGUCUUUUUUACCACUGCAUUACCAGUAGCUGGCAACACAGGAAACCCUGUUCAGCAGAUUGGUCUCAGCGUUCCUGUCAUCAUUAUAAAGCAGGAGGAAGCCUGCCAGUGUCAGUGUGCCUGCCGAGACUCUGCCAAGGACAAAGUCACCGUUAAGAAGGAGAGUUCCUCACCUGAACCGAAAGCUUCGGAGCAGCCAGCUCCUCAGCUGCAGCCUCAGACCUUUCCUUCCUCUUCCUCUUCCCCUUCUCCCUCACGUGGGCAGAGCAGUCAAAUAGUUAACCCUUCAGACUUACAGACUGAAACAUUAAGUGCCAUGGAUGUAUCGGACUUCCUGUCCCUCCAAAGUCCUGAAACCCCAUCUAAUAUAAUUCCAAUCGAAGCACUACUGCAGGGUGAGGAAGAAAUUGGUCUGAAUAGCAGCUUCUCUAAAUGAAGAUGUUCUGGAUUUUCUUUUGCACCUGGAGGGUAAAACCCUCCUCUUAGAAGCAGAAACUGAAGGAUCAAUUCUUUUUUUUUCCUUCCUCUUUGGAAGUUUUGUGGCUUAUUUCUGCUUCACAGAUGUCAUCUUAGUCACGUCCCAGGUACAUCCAUCUUUAAGAAAUCUAUCUAAAAAAUAGAAAAGGCAAAAAAAAAAGAAAAAGAAAAAAAAAAGAAAAGAAAAAAAGCUAAGUUAUAUAUGAACUGUUUUGGCUGCACUGUCUGUCACUUUUGCUUGUCAUAUGUGAACACGGAAGUUAAGGUUACUCGUGUGCAAAAGAAAAAGGGGGGUUAGUUUGUCUCCAAUUGCACAUCGCUUACGUUUGGGUUUAAGGUACUGGCAGCGAGCGAGUCUUUGUUACAACUCUUUGGGUCUAUGAUUUUUCUUUUGUCUCUUAUAUACUAACCAUGCACUAUAAGGGGAGCCCAGGACAGGAAUUUGCUGUAACAGAAAAUGGUUUCAUUGUAGUUGAAGGUGAUUUAUCUGCAAUUUUAUUGGAAUGUGAUUGUCACGUCACUGAGCUGGGAGUUGGUGCCUGGGUUUGCAUUGUGCUGUGGCCAUUACUGAAGCCUACAGAAGCGUUUGGGGAGCUUAGUGCAGGAGAGCACGAGGUACUUGUGCUCCUAAUAGACCGGUUCAUUUAAUUUAAACUAGGACUUGAAAUGUGGUGGCAGAUGUAUGGAAACAUUGUGGGAGCCCCUGCUCACUCAGGCUUGAGAGUCUGUUUGCCUGUCUUUGAAGGAUGCAGUGAGUUCCAGGUAUGGUCAGAUUGGUGCCUCCUGCUCUUAUGAUUCAUUUGGCUUUGUUCAGAAACGAGUCACCCUCUUAAACGAGCUCUCCAAUCGUUUAAUCAGGAGCACGGUGCCUUUGCUGAUUGCUCUCAUCUUUUGUCGAGAAGAACUCUAGGAAAACUUUCAGGAUGAUUUGAUGUAACUUCAGUUUGGGUUCAGUGAGUUUAUCCUUCAGCUGCCCAGAAAUGCUUCCUCUUUUCUCUUUAAGCUAUAUAGUUUCUGCCUGAAUCUGCCUCCAACCUAAUGCAAUGCCAGCUUUUUGUGCACGGGGCUAUAUCUUGACUAAAAGAUAUUACACGACAUAGUAGUUUUUCAUAUCAAACUAUAUUCUAACCUACUCAGGGUAAAUAAAACACAAACCCCCCCUUCCACCAAAAAGCCUGUAAUGUUGCAAUAAAUGCAGUCUCAUUCUAAAUGGUUUAUUUAUGCUGCAUUAUUUUAAAAGAUGUAAUUUUGUAGUAUUUUAUCCAUCUUUCUGGCUUUGGCUGUCAGUCUUUUUGUGUUAAAGGAAAGAAUAUUAAAUAGUCUUUAUUCAGUUUA